AUGUCUUCUUGGCUGCAUGGCCUCCUCAUAUUCGUCCCAGUCGGCAUCUGGGCUUUCUUGUCCGACAGCGCGCCUCUAGUCGUCUUCGUAACGAAUGGUAUCGCCAUUGUGCCUUUGUCAUCGCUACCCACUGGCGCUACUGAGAAUAUCGCCGAGGAUGCCGGAGACGCGGUUGGAGCACUUCUGAAUAUCACACUGGGUAACCUGGUAGAGCUAAUUCUGUUUAACCGUCAAGUCAAGAGGAGGGCUGACGAGUUCAGUGUUGCUCUCAAGCACAACCGACUCCGUGUUGUUCAGGCCUCAAUUCUCGGCUCGAUGCUCGUCAACCUGCUCCCAAUCCUGGGUGUUGCUCUUUGCGUCAAUGAAAUCUGUCACGGCGACCCGGUGUCGAAUCUCGUCGAGACACAGCUUUUGACUUGGCUCCUGAUUGUCUCAACUUUUGUGCUUUUGAUACCUGUGAGUGUGGUUCGGCCCUUGAUGGCCGAGGGUUGGAGCUCACCAAUCGAAGGCCGCUUUUAA